CAUCUUUCUAGUUAGAAAUAGAACAAUUCAUAUCUGCCAUCCUUGGAACAAUGUCUUCUUACCAGAUUAUCCAGACAACAUUGAAUAUAUAUGAGUUUUUCCCUCUAAUAGAAACAAAGAAAGAGAAACAAAUUUCCAUCUCAUAUACUGGGACUGGGACCCUCCUCUAUCCAUCUAUCCUCCACACAAUAUGGACUUCUUCAAUCCUCUGGUUCGUUCCACCAAAGAGCAGCAAAGAGCAGUAGCCACUACUGGCCAGUACUUCCACAGCCCAAGAAACCACACUAAUGGCGUCAACUUGUCUACUUCCAAAAACCAUCUCACAGUUUAACCCAUCUCAUUCCCUUCCGCCAUCUCAAUUCAACAGGAUCCCACCAUUACCAAACCAUCUGUGUACACUGAGAAAAUCACAGCCGAGUCAGAGCCACAAAGUGCACGCAAAGAAGAAGAACCCCUGGCUGGACCCUUUCGACGAUGGUCCGGACCCGGAACAGGAGUAUGGUUCGCUCUUUGCUGACGGGAAGCAAGAUGAAGACCCCAGGCCACCUGAUAACCCAAACAACCCUUAUGGCUUCCUCAAGUUCCCUGCUGGCUAUAGCGUUGAGAUUGCCUCCCUUGCCUUGAAAGUUCGAGGUGAUGUGAGGAGAUGCUGCUGUGUCAUCUCUGGCGGUGUUUAUGAGAACUUGCUCUUCUUCCCUGUCAUUCAGCUCAUCAAGGACAGGUAUCCUGGUGUUCAAGUAGAUGUGAUUACAUCUGACAGAGGGAAACAGACAUAUGAGCUGAACAAGAAUGUGAGGUGGGCUAAUGCCUAUGACCCCGAUGAUGAUUUCCCUGAACCAGCAGAGUACAUGGAUAUGGUUGGAAUUAUUAGGGGCAGGUACUAUGACAUGAUCUUAUCAACAAAGCUAGCUGGGUUUGGACAUGCAACAUUCCUCUUCCUGUCGACGGCUCGAGAUAGAGUCAGCUACGUGUACCCGAAUGUGAAUGCGGCUGGGGCAGGGCUUCUUCUAUCAGAGACAUUCACUCCAGAGAGUUUGAACCUCUCGGAAGGAGGAUUCCACAUGUACCACGAGAUGCUCGAUUGGCUGGGGAAACCAUUUCGAAGUGUGCCGAGGACACCUGUUCCUCCUCUGAAAGUUUCAAUUUCCAGGAAGGUGAAGGAGGUGGUGGAGGCCAAAUACAAGGCUGCUGGUGCUGAGACAGGAAAGUAUGUUGUCAUUCAUGGGAUUGAAUCGGAUUCCAAGGCUUCCAUGCAGUCCAGAGGGGACACUGAUAGCUUGCUGUCCAUUGAUACAUGGGCAGACAUUGCUGAGUCUAUAAGAGGGUUGAAGCCAGUUUUUGUCAUUCCACAUGAGAAAGUACGGGAAAAUGUGGAGGAAGUUGUGGAUGAUCCAAGUAUAGUCUUGAUCACAACUCCUGGACAGCUGGCUGCUCUUGUAAACGACUCUGCUGGUGUAAUAGCUACAAACACAGCAGCGAUCCAGCUGGCAAAUGCCCGCGGGAAACCCAGCAUUGCGCUGUUUUCUUCUGAGGAGAAGGGGAGACUGUUCGUCCCAAAUGCAGAAGAGAAGAAAUGCACCAUUAUAUCAUCCAAAACCGGCAAACUAAAAGACAUAGAUGCUGGAGCUGUUGUAAUCCUAGCCAAGAAAGCUUUUGAUCUCCCACUUGCUCUGGUCUAGGAUACACAUGUUAGAUUUCCCAGCAUCUUGUUUCUCAUAAAAGGCACUUCUCGACCCUUUUCGAUACAUGUAUAUGCACAGACAUGUUAUCCAAGAAUGUCAAAGAGGCUAGUAAUACUCUCAACUCAUACAAAACAAAAGCAUGCAUACAUGCUGCUAUCCUCAGUGUUCCAAGCAAAUGGACUAAAAAACAGUACAAAUGUAAGACAGCCUACCUAGACCUAACAGGUUACUGCUUACUUUCAGCUACUAGAGUCAUUUCCAGAAAACCUACCUAAAAGGAAAUCAGUAGGCUCUCUAGUGCCCAUCACACUUGUUAUUGAGAGCACAAACCCUAAAUGAAAUUGUCAGGGGUAUAGCACAUAUCAGAUAACCUUCUCAACUCCAGGAAAGAAGUAUCCCUUUGCCUCUUCAAAAUCUUUGUGUUAAUCGAAUCUGAAACUUGUUUUAACUCAAGCAAGCGGCUUAGCACGAGUUGCAGGAUCCUCUUUCGACUCCACAAAGCUGAUGAACAGAUAGCCCAAGCACCAUAACAAGAUGUACUGAAAUGGAAACCAAGCUAGACAAGCCACCAGACUCAUAACGCUACCAACAUACUGUGGAUCUCUUAUCACCCCAAAUGGAAACUGAGUCACCCACGGGAUGCUCUUCCCGAACCGCACACCAUAGUAAGUCCCUGCUUCUCCAAGCAAUUGGUACACCCUGAAAUUGAGGAACUGGCCGAAGCCAAAGAGCGGCCAGAAAUAGAAAGGAGGGGGCCAUGAAAGAGAAGAAGAGACGGAGUAGAGAGAUAUGAACUGGAGAAGCUUGAGGAAGUGAGAGACUUGAGCCAUGACCUUGCUCGGGUCCCGACUUCUCCCGCAAAGGUUAACCCAUGCCUGUGGGUUUGUCCACAGAAGGUAGUAGAAUGGGAACGGCAGUAACACACCUAUUGCCGCCACAAUCCCCAUUUCCGUCCGAUUUUCGAAUCUCUGGUAGCCCCUUUUACCCUUGCGAGAAAUGAAGCGAGUGUCCUCUUCCUCCUCCACCCGCCGCCGCCAGGCGGUGCCGUCUUAAUUUAUAUUCUGCGGAAUCAAAACCAAG